AUGUCAGAUACCGAACGGUACAAACAUAUUGUCUCUUGUGAUUGUAAGAGCGAGCCUUCUGACUUGACCUUGAGCUGCAGACUCGUGCCGAGUAAGACGAGUGCUGACAGCGUGAUGAUGUCUGCACGCGACUUGGCGGAGUUGAGAAUACCUUGGAAAACUUGCGAGGGCGUGUACGACAGGACCAAAAAAAAUAACGUGUCAUUGGUGGACGCCACGGCGGAUGCCUGGAAGACGCUUGACUGGAUCGGUGACGGUAAGGUGGUUUGUGUUGACGACCGGGGUGAAGACCUAAGUUGUCAUUACUUCAAUGAUCCGUUCCAGUACGACUUACCGAGCGUCUGGGAGGCGGUCGUACGUUUCCAGAAGCCGUCCAAGUGCCUCCUAGCAGACAACAGCGACGUAUGGCGGGGCUAUCUCCAUCACCUGGCCCGUGGUCGGGCCGCCGCGAAGUGGAUACAAAUGGACAUAUACGACAUCAGUGAGUAUGAUCUUGAGUACGAACUAGGAUACUCAUUUAGUGCGCAGGAACCGGACAAGGGCUGUUCCAAAACUUAUGACUUGUGUGAGAUUCCCUCGAACAAGUGUCAUUGUGUCGAAGCUGCAUUCAGCGUCGAGGCGCAGACCGUGUCGGGGAAGAACGUGAACGGGGGCGUGGUCAGAGACUUCUUGAUGACCCCACAGCAGAUGAAAAGGAAACAUUCUCUGUUUCGAAGAGAAGGUUACACUGUCAAGUCUUGUGGUAUCGACUGUCUGAAACACAGAGCAGAGCCGCUCGAGGAUUACAAGAACAGGGUUGAUGGCUAUUUGCGGAAGUACUUCCCCACGCGAUUCCUACCGCACCAGCGGUGA